AUGAGUGACUUCGAAGAUAGCAAUUUAAGGGAUAGAACCCCUGAGAAAACCAAACGCUCGCGAAAUGAAGGUUCAAAAUCCAAGAAACCAACACAUAAAAAACAAAAGUUUCGCACAGAAUGGAUGGACGAAAAAGAUUUUAAAAUUUGGCUCGUUCCAGUUGUAGGUGAACCUUUUAAAGGUAAAUGUAAAUUAUGUAGUCUUGAGUUAACUGCAGAAUUAACUGUUCUAAAAAAACACCAAAGCUCACAAAAACAUCUACUAAAUCUCCGUUCAACUAAAAAUAUUAAACAAACAAUAAACUCAUACUUCAUUGAUGAUUCUAAAAGUAAACUCCAAGACCAAAUCAAAAAAGCCGAAAUGUUACUUUGUGGGUUUAUUUCAGAACAUAAUUUGUCUUUCAAUACGAUUGGUCAUUUAAGCAAAUUAUGCCAAGAAGCAUUUACUGAUUCUAGCAUAGCGAAAGGUUUAAAUAUUGGCCGAACAAAAGCUACAGCAAUUACGAAAAAUGUAAUUGGUAAAUGCUACCAUGAGGAUUUGGCAAACAAACUAAAGAAGUAUAAAUUUAGUGUUGUAAUUGAUGAAAGUACAGACAUAGGAACAGUUAAAAAUAUGGCGAUUUGUGUUAAAUACUAUGAUGGAGAACUCAAUAAAUUGGAAACAAAAUUUUGGGAACUAGUUCAACUUUUCACAGAUCCAGCGAGUGCAAAGGCGGGUGCUACUGCUGACAAAUUAUACAGUACUAUGUUGAAUUCUUUUAUUGAAAAUAAAAUUACAUUGGAUAAUAUAAUUGGUUUUGCGUCAGAUGGCUGUAAUACCAUGUUUGGGGCGCAUAAUUCUGUUUCUUCAAAACUAAAAGAGCAAUUUCCAGGUAUCUUUGUACAAAAAUGUAUUUGCCAUAGUUUGCAUCUCGUCGCUAGUGCAGCAUGUAAGACUCUCCCAAGAGACUGUGAAGAUCUGGUUCGUGACAUAUUUAAUUAUUUUAAAUCUAGCUGCAAAAGAAUUUCUCAAUUGAAAGAAUUUCAAGAUCUUUGUGAAUUAGAGCCUCAUAAAAUGUUACGUCCAGCCCAGACCAGAUGGUUAUCACUUUCUAUGGCAGUAUCUCGAAUUAUUGAGCAAUGGGAGGCUCUAAAACAAUAUUUUGCUGCAAAUUAUAAAGACGAUAGGCUAAAAGUUGCUGAAAAUAUUUAUCAUCGUUUAAAGGACCCUUCACUUUUUAUGUAUUAUACAUUUUUAAAUUAUAUUCUUCCAAAAAUUACUUCACUCAACAAAUUAUUCCAAAGCGAUAAAACAGUUAUUGAUUCUGUGUUUACUAAAAUGUCUGAGCUGUACAAAGAUAUUCUAUUUUCAUUCGUUAGGAAAAUUCCGAACCCGUUUACGUACAAUCCUAAUGACGAAUCCCAAUAUUUACCACUCAAGAGUAUUUAUUUGGGUGCAUCAAUGUUUUUAUUAACACAAAAUAAAAAUAUUGAUGAACAGAUGCUUUUAGAUGUGUUAAAGCGAUGCAGACUGUUUUUAAUAGAAAUUUGCAUAGAAAUCAAAUUACGGUUUGAUUUUAGUGAUAAAAUCUUAUCUUCACUUAUUUAUAUUUCACCUAAAAAUAUAUUUAGCCAAGAGCAUUCAAAUACUCUAUUAAAUUUCGUUAUAUUAUUCCCAAGAAUAUGUAAUGAUGAAAUUCAGAUGCAAGUCAUUGAUGAUGAAUGGCGAAAAUUAAAUUCUUACUUUGAUUUAGACAUAAUUAAUAUACUGAAAAAUAAAAAUGUUGAUAUGUUUUGGUUAGAUCUUUAUUUGUAUGAAGAAAAUGGGGAGAAGCUGUUUUCUAAUCUUUCAGCAUUUGUUCUAAAUAUUUUGUCAUUACCACAGUCAAAUUGUGUUUGUGAACGACUGUUUUCCAAAGUUAACUUAAUUAAAACUAAAUUACGAAAUAAAUUAAUGACUAAUACAAUAAAUGGCUUAAUAAACACUAGUGAAUGUGUAAAAAUCACUACAUGUGUUAAAUUCCAACCAACUAAAACCAUGUAUGCAAGCAUGAAUAAUGAAAUGUAUGAUUUUUCAAAAGAUGAAUUGAACAGUGAAAUAUUUAUUGACGAAAUUGUUUUUGAAUAA